AGCCGGCGGCCGAGAGGAGGGAGCGGGCACGGGCGAAGAGGGAGCGGCGCGGCACAGGCGAGCCUGGGACCCGGAGCGCGCCGACUUUCCCGCAAAGUGCCAACUUCGCUGGAGAGUGCCGGGCGCGCACCUUCUGGGCGCGGGGGAAAGGCGGCGGGAAUUUGAGAUUUUUAGGCAAGAAAAUCGGAUUGCCCCCGUCCCCUUUCCCCUGUUACGAAUCCCCAUUAAAAAGACAAACAACAAGAAUAACAGCAAACUUGCCAUCAUCCUGUCCGUCCCCCGCUCCUGGCACCAUGAAGGCGGCCGUCGAUCUCAAACCGACUCUCACCAUCAUCAAGACGGAAAAAGUCGAUCUGGAGCUUUUCCCCUCCCCGGAUAUGGAAUGUGCGGAUGUCCCGCUAUUAACUCCAAGCAGCAAAGAAAUGAUGUCUCAAGCAUUGAAAGCUACUUUCAGUGGUUUCUCGAAAGAGCAGCAAAGACUGGGAAUUCCAAAAGACCCCCGGCAGUGGACAGAAACCCAUGUUCGGGACUGGGUGAUGUGGGCCGUGAAUGAGUUCAGCCUGAAGGGUGUGGACUUCCAGAAGUUUUGCAUGAACGGAGCAGCUCUCUGUGCACUGGGGAAAGACUGCUUUCUUGAGCUGGCCCCAGACUUCGUUGGGGACAUCUUGUGGGAACAUCUUGAGAUCCUGCAGAAAGAGGACGUGAAACCAUAUCAAGUUAAUGGAGUCAACCCUACUUACCCAGAAUCCCGUUAUACCUCGGAUUACUUCAUUAGCUAUGGUAUCGAGCAUGCUCAGUGUGUUCCUCCCUCGGAGUUCUCAGAGCCCAGCUUCAUCACAGAGUCCUACCAGACCCUCCACCCCAUCAGCUCAGAGGAGCUCCUCUCCCUCAAGUAUGAGAACGACUACCCCUCGGUCAUUCUCCGGGACCCUCUGCAGACAGACACCUUGCAGACUGACUACUUUACCAUCAAGCAAGAAGUUGUCACACCAGACAACAUGUGCAUGGGGAGGACCAGUCGUGGUAAACUCGGGGGCCAGGACUCUUUUGAGAGCAUAGAGAGCUACGAUAGUUGUGACCGCCUCACCCAGUCCUGGAGCAGCCAGUCAUCUUUCAACAGCCUGCAGCGCGUCCCCUCCUAUGACAGCUUCGACUCCGAGGACUAUCCAGCCGCCCUGCCCAACCACAAUCCCAAGGGCACCUUCAAGGACUAUGUGCGUGACCGUGCUGACCUCAACAAGGACAAGCCUGUCAUUCCUGCUGCUGCCCUGGCUGGCUACACAGGCAGUGGACCGAUCCAGCUGUGGCAGUUUCUUCUGGAAUUACUCACGGAUAAAUCCUGUCAGUCUUUUAUCAGCUGGACAGGAGAUGGCUGGGAAUUCAAGCUUUCUGACCCAGAUGAGGUGGCCAGGAGAUGGGGAAAAAGGAAAAACAAACCUAAGAUGAAUUACGAGAAACUGAGCCGUGGCCUACGCUACUAUUAUGACAAAAACAUCAUCCACAAGACAGCGGGUAAACGCUAUGUGUACCGCUUUGUGUGUGACCUGCAGAGCCUCCUGGGGUACACGCCCGAGGAGCUCCACGCAAUGCUGGACGUCAAGCCUGACGCCGAUGAGUGAUGGACCCCAAAGGGACCAGAGAAACUCUGCCAAGACAUUGGAAAGAACAACCACGUCUGUUGGACUCUUCAUUUUUAAUUGUUAUUCUAUUUUUAAUUUUCCAGAACUCGGUUUUUUACAUUCAGGGGUGGGAGCUAAGUAAGUUGCAGCUAUAACCUAUUGUGUGUAGCUGGAAAAGGAGAGCCAGGACUGGUGGGGUGGGUGGGACAAGAAAUUCUUGAGCAAAUUUUCAGGAGAGAACGUCUUAGAAGCUUGAAGAAUCUGGCUUAAGAGUGGAUGAGACAAACCUAGUAAUUUUUAAAAAUCAUCCAUGAUGAAAAAAAAGGUCUCUCGAGUUGUGGACUGAUCACCAAAAGAAAUUGAGACAUCAGGAGUCAUGAAACAGAUGAGAGGCAAUUAAUUUGCUUCUGUUUCUGAGUCUGGGGGU